AGGACAGAACUAAGAGUUGUAGGCUACCUUGAUGCCUGAUGAAGGUGAAGAACAAUGUUAUCACAGUGAUCAGGUUUAGAGCCUCCUUGAUGGAAGAGAGGAGAGACAAGUUGUUGAAGAAAUAAACUCUUAACUCUGAACUAUACAAGAAAUAUAAGAAACACAGGACAUCUGAUUGUAGUGUGACAUUGAUCGUUAUCAGAUGUGUCCAAGUAAUCUUACUGUAACUCAGAGUUACACAGGGCAAAUUGACACAGACUGAUAAACAAACAGUGUGGCAUGACUCAUGUAGGCUAGCCUAUAGCGCGACUGGAACGUUUUCAGACUCUUUCAGGUUUUCCACAUUUUGUGAUGUUUCAGACUCCUUAAAAUGGAUUAAAUUCCCACAUGUUCCAUUGGCAUUUUCAGACAGAUGUUGCCAUUUUUUAAUGCGUCUUUGUUCAUCACCAUUCAGGCAAUUCAUGUGAGCACACCGAUACACAGAUAAAAAGUGUCGGACACAAACACAUCAAGGAUAAAUGAAGACUUUUAGAACUGAAAAUUUGUAAAGAUGAAUCCAAUUAAGUAGGCUCCAGGAGAUAAAGCCAUUGAUACCUGUAAGCUACACCUACUAUACCAUAUACGUACGACCACCAUCAUCAGUACUACUACUACAACUACUGCUGCAAUCAUCAUCACUGAUUGAAAAAUAUCAAAUAAAUAAUAAUACAAAUAAUUAAAUGAACACGUAUAACUUUUAAAUUCACAUUUUAUUACAGUUUUACAGACUGUUAUUACAGUGGCCCACCCCAUUUGAUUACAGUGGCCUACCCCAAUUGGCCCAUGACUGAUUCCUGCUCUUGGCCUGAUUUUUAAAUGUUUUUGUGAUUAUUAACUAAAUCAACGACAACUUAGCAAUCAAAACAGACACAAUGUCAAUUCUAAUCAAUCAAUGUUGCUCUGGUUGGCGUCGGGUACCCUUUGGGGGAGUGUUUAUAUAAAAAUGACGUGAACACAUCUCAGUGAAUUUGACUUUUUGUCCCUCGUGAAUAAAUGUCAGUCUUAUUGACACACACCAUUGCCUUUUCCUCAAGGGAUCAUUCUGUUCAUGAUGUGUGUUUAAACUAUUAUGUAAAGGUGAACUGUUUGUUGUUCAUUCUUCAGGGACAAUCAUGCCAUUACAGGAGUUCCCCUCAACUUCAUCUAGCUAAAAGUUGGAUUGGGCCCAAGUUAAUUGCAUCUACACGGACGACCUAAUAAAAACAACACAGCCGAUUUGCCAGUGCUGUGCCUUUGACCAAAGGUUGCCUGCAACAGAGACUCUUCAAUAUUUGCCGUUUGGCUAAUGAGUAAUGUUACAGGCAAACAAAACUGAAAACAAAUGCAGUGCCGGAAAAGGAGCGAAUGAUGGAUGUGACAUAGACGGAAAGAUUCCAUUUGACCUUUACACUCCUGUGUCACUACACUGUCAUAUGCUGACCUGAAAGUUUGUACUGUGACCUUGAAGUAUUUUAUGGGCCUAUAGGAUAGCAGCUGACAGCACGUGAGUUAAUACAAAGUGCAUGAAUGCCUCUAAAUUCUGCUGAGACACCUUGCAUAUUCUACACAUAGAGCGUAACAAUGCACUUUUUUUCAAAAUGAUCUAGUAUAGCAUGGAAAAAAGUGUCCAAAAGUAUUAUUGGAAUAGAUAUGACUACUAACACACAGAGGAAGAAGACAAAGAAGAAAGAAAAAGAAAAAGGAGAAGGAGAAGAUGUAGAGGAAGAGGAAGAGGAAGAAGAAGAAGAAGAAGAAGAAGAAGAAGAAGAAGAAGAAGAAGAAGAAGAAGAAGAGGAGGGAGAUCAUGAUGAUGAAGGUGCUGGGGACCAGGCCUUGUUUGCGGCCUUGUACAGUGCACUGGCCCAGCAGCUUCCCCGCGAGCCCAUGGAAUGGAGGAGGUCCUAUGGAAGAGCACCAAAGAUGAUCCACUUGGAAGCUAACUUUGUCCAGUUUAAGGAAGACCUGCUCCCCAAAGAGGGGAACAAAGCUCUCUUGACCUUUCCCUUCCUUCACAUAUACUGGACAGACUGCUGUGAUACGGAGGUGUACAAGGCGUCGGUGAAGGAGGACAUGCUACGCUGGCAGACCACUCUGAAGCACCAUGGGUCCCAGGACUGGCUCAUCGUGGUGGUGGAGAGUGAUGCCAAGAAGAAGAACAAGACCAACCUCCUGCCCCGCACCUCCAUCAUGGACAAGAUCCGCAACGACUUCUGCAACAAGCAGAGCGACCGGUGUGUGUCUCUGGCCGACCCCCUGAAGGAGUCGUCGCGCUCGCAGGAGUCGUGGAGCGCCUUCCUGACCAAGCUGCGCACGCUGCUCCUCAUGUCCUUCACCAAGAACCUCGGGCGCUUCGAGGACGACAUGCGCACCAUGCGCGAGAAGCGCACCGAGCCUGGCUGGAGCUUCUGUGACUACUUCAUGGUGCAGGAGGAGCUGGCGUUUGUGUUUGAGAUGCUUCAGCAGUAUGAGGAUGCGCUCGUUCAGUACGACGAGCUGGACGCACUCUUCACACAGUAUGUGCUCAACUUCGGCGCUGGAGACGGUGCCAACUGGCUGGGCUCCUUCUGCCAGCCGGUGCGCAGCUGGAACGGCCUGGUGCUGCGGCGGCCCAUCGACAUGGAGAAGCGCGAGCUGAUCCAGCGCAGCGAGGCCAGCCUGCUGGACCUGCGCAGCUACCUGUUCUCGCGGCAGUGCACGCUGCUCAUCUUCCUGCAGCGGCCCUGGGAGGUGACGCAGCGCGCCCUCGAGCUCCUGCACAACUGCGUCCAGGAGCUGCGUCUGCUGGAGGUGUCUGUACUCCAGGGGGCGCUGGACUGCUGGGUGUUCCUCAGCUGUCUGGAGGUGCUGCACCGCAUCGAGGGAUGCUGCGACCGCACCCAACUGGAGGCCAACUGCUCCCACACGGUGGGCCUCUGGACCUACGCCACAGAGAAGCUGAAGUGUUUGGGAGAAUUGUGUGGCUUGGUGUCGAAGAAUGGGCCCGACUCAGAGGACCUGAACCGGACGGUGGACCUGCUGGCUGGACUGGGUGCUGAGAGACCAGAGACGGUCAACAGCCUGCAGAGCCCCUACAAGAAGCUGAAGGAGGCCCUGUCGUCUGUGGAGACGUUUGAGAAGCAUUACCUGGAGCUGUCUCAUGCUGCUAUGGAGAUGUACACGGCGAUUGGCCGCAUGCGGUCGGCACGCCUGGUGGGCAAGAGUCUGGCGGAGUACUACAUGAGGAAGGGGGACCCUCAGAGCGCGGACGGCUUUCUGCAGGACUCCCUGAAGUCGUACGUGGCGGAGGGCUGGUCCCUGCAGGUCACGCACACACGCCGCCAGGUGGCCGAGUGCCAGAAACUACUGGGGCAGACCGAAGAGUAUCUCCAGACGAGCGCCCUGCUGGCGAGCGAUGCCAACCUAACAGACGAGGAGCGUAAGCACUUCUGCCAGGAGAUCCUGAACUAUGCCAACCAGAGCAGCCAGAGCCAGGCAGAUCAGAAGGUGGCCCUGAGCAUGGCGGCGUUCGCCCAGCUGCGCGAGCUGCGCUUCCAGCCGGCCUGCCCCAGCGUGCACGUGGGCGCCGCCCUGCAGCUGGAGCUGCGCAUGUGCAGCCUGAUGCCGGUGGCCGUGCGCCUGGAGCAGCUGGCCGUCAGCGUCCACUUCAGCCUGGAGCAGCCCGGCCAGAGGGGGCCCGCCGCCCUCGGCACGCCCCAGCGCCGCAACCCGGGCACGGGCACCAGCGGCCUGGUGUCCAGCGGCGUGAGCCCGGACGGGACGGUGGUGUUCCAAGCGGUCAGCCCCGCCGGAGGGGUUCUGUCGGGAGCCGGGCCGGGGGCGCUCGGGGCCGUGGGCUCGGCGGCGUCCGGCGCCUCGGCCCUGGAGCUGUACGAGAUCCACGACCGGAGCCCGUCGGACAACACGCUCAACACCACCGGCGUGGUGUGCAAGAACGUGCACCUGUUGCUGCGGCGACGCGACAGUGCCACCUCCCUGGACACGCCCGGCGUUGCCGCGGGCAUCUCCGUGGCCUCGGCGGCCACCGCGGCCGUCGCCAUGGAGGAGAGCACCCAGAUGCUGAAGACUCACGACGUGAUGCUGUUGCCUGGCAACAACAGCAUCCCUUUUACUGCUCCAAGUCAGAAGCCAGGCGCCUAUGUACUGAGGCAGUUGUGUGCGACGGUGGGGCAGGUGCAGUUUGUGCUGCCGCACAUCUACCCCACGGUGCAGUAUGAGGUCUACUCCCAGGAGCCCCAGCUCACCAUCGAGCCCCUCACAGACAACCUGUUGGCAGGGCUACCUCAGAAGGUCAAGUUCACCAUAGUAACAGGACACUACACGGUGAAGAAGGGUGAUGCCCUGCAGCUUAGCAACACAGACUCGAUGCCCAUCCUGCACACAAACUCCUGCACGGCAAGAAUCGUGUCCAGUACAGGAGAGCUGGUUGGAGAGAGCGCUCUGUCCAUCCACUCCAGCGAGAAAGUGACCAGCAUCUCCCUGCCGCCCACCCCUCCGUACCACACGCUGGACUUCCAGCUGGACGUGCUGUGCCACAUCCCGGCGUCGCCGGCGCGCCCGGAGACCGAGCGCCUCACCAACGGCGAGGUCCGCCACCGGACCAAGAGCCGCACCCGCUACAACAGUGGCAUGGCCGCCGUGGACCAGAAGGUGUCUAUAGACUGUCCCUGGUCCAUCUACUCCACUCUCAUCUCGCUCACCUUCUACAUCCCCUUCAAGGCCAAGCACUCUCUGCUCUCGGCAGGGAAGAGGAAGUACAUCCAGGUGUGCUUGCAGAACGUGUCGGACACAAACUUCCGGCUGACGGACCCCAGCCUAACGCAGCGGCAACCGAGCUCCUCGCUGGAGCUGCACUCCCUCAAUGCUAAAGCUGAGCAGCUGGUGCACAGUAAGCAGUGUGUGUUCUGCCUGUGGGAGGCCAAGUGGGCCGUGGAGCCGCCCGCCUGCCUCCAGUUCAGCUUCGCCGCCAGCUUCUCCCCCACCGAGCCGGCCGACGCCCAGUUCAAGCCCUACUGCUACGACUUCCAGCUGGAGAGGGUGUCUACUCUGUACUGCCUAAGGGCCGAGAUCCAGCCGGCGGACGGGGAAGAGAAGUGUCGCACCGGCACCCUCUGUGGGCUGGAGGUCUCCAUCACACGCCUGACUGAACCCAGCGACUCGGAGCGGGAGGACGAGGAGUCCACCGAGAGCGAAGGGCUGCGGACCACCAAGCUCAUGUAUGAGGUUGUGGACAACAGUAGCAACUGGGCAGUUUGCGGGAAGAGCUCGGGCGUGGUGUCGAUGCCCGUGGCAGCCAGUGCCACCCACCGGGUGCAGAUGGAGGUGAUGCCCCUGUUCGCCGGCCACCUGCCCUUCCCCAGCAUCAAGCUCCUCAAGUACCUGCCACACAGUGCCACCCCUGCCAUCCAGCCUGACACAGAUAGCUGCCUGGAGAACGACAACCUCUCCCUGCUGGACAAGGGCCUGGAGGACCAGGCCGACACGGCCAGCCUGCGCAGCCGCGGGAGCAUCCACUCCCUGGGCAGCACCGACCAGCCGCUGCCCCCGACCCCCCGGGGCCUCCCCAUGCCCCGCCUGGAGCCCUUCAGUCCCGGCCAGGUCUUCAACGGCAGCCAGGGCCAGCAGGUUCUGGUGCUCCCGGCCACUGACGAUCACAUCCUGGAGGUCAACGCCACAUGACCCCUGUUUAGUCGGUGACCUCGGGCCGUCUCUGCUUCGUGCGCCCCUCUCCCCUGAUCUGAAGCUCCACUAUGACACCCCCCCCCCCCCCCCCCCCCCCAAAGGCGUGGGCAAGCCCAGGAGGACUAUGCGUACCGUGCUCCUCCAUGUUUUGUGUUUUGGGGAGGUACUGAUAAGGGGAGAGGGGCGUUCAGGAGCUGACGCCACCCCAUUCUCACUCCCCCCACCACCCCCUCUUCGUUUCCAUUUUCUCUUGACUGCCAGACAAGAAAAAAAAAAACAAACAAACAAAGAGGAGGAAAAAAAAUCAAAAUGGAAACACAAACUUUUGGGUCUGAGCCUGAGAAUUCAUUCGCUGUCUCGAGGUCAUUCUGCUCUUUUCUCCUAAAAGCAUUUCAGCUUAUGUUUACCCCACUUCCCUCCCUGACUUAUUCUCUCCCUCUCUCCCUCUCUCUCUCUCUCUCUCUCUCUCUCUCUCUCUCUCUUUCUCUCUCCCUCCCUUCUUUCCUUGAACAUAGCAAAAGAACUUGGGUCACAAGAGUGCUUCGACCUUCCUCUUUCCUCUAAAAAUUCUGACUCAUGUCUUCUGUCCUCCCGUCACCCUUCCUCUUCAAAUGGGAACAGCUGCAUCUAUACACACACACACACGCACACGGACACUCACACGGCCACACACACACCCACACACACACACGGACACACAUACAGACAUGAACUCGUCAUUAGAUUUUCAGGGAGGGCGGUGAGUGGGACUGUGUCACCGUGUUUUGCGCAUGUAAAAGCUUCGGACUGUGUGCAUCUGUCUACGCACACGUGACUCAUGACCACCAGCGAAGAAUGGA